AAUCAUGGGUUGGGAGGGGGACCGUAGGGUUAGUUAGAGCGAAACAUAACAGCCUGAUAGCAUUAGAGCUAGACAUCAAGUAGUAGAGCAGCUGUCAUUUGUGAAAGCUCUGCGCUCGUCCAGUUGGUCUAUCAAGGAGAAGAAAGUACAGAUCAGCAAAACCCAAUAAUCCUGAAAAUACCAAUUUUAAAAAGUUUGAAUGUCUGAAGCAAGGACUUCGAAGCCUGGAUUGCUUGUCUCCUCGUGCCUCCUGGAGCACUAUGGGUAUACAGCGUGCUCAGAGAGCAUCCCUGGCUCUCACGCUCAACUACGUGGCUUUCGCUUUGGCCGUUUCGGCUGUCACCACUAGCUACUGGUGUGAGGGGACCAGGAAGGUAGUGAAGCCUUUCUGCAUGGGGCCGGUCAAAGUCAAGCAGACGUACUGCAUCCACUUUAACAGCUCCAACAUCAACGACACACGACUGGUGCAGUACAUCUACGAGACCGGAGAGGAGAAGUUCCUGAUGAGAAAGUUUCACACAGGAAUCUGGUUCUCCUGCGAACAAACCGUGGACUUAAUAGGGUUUAACUGUAAGAGCUUUUUAGAGAUCGCACCAGAUCAUGAAAGAGGAGUGCUCUGGCUGUGUAUUGUGGCUGAGUGUCUGUACAUUGCUCUGCUGUUCACCGGUGGAGCUCUGAUGGUGAUAGAGAUGUGUCCAUGCUUUAACUUGAUAAACAGACUCAAGCUCAAUGCCUUUGCAGCACUGUGCACCGCUCUCUCAGGCCUUUUCGGGAUGGUUGCACAUAUGAUGUUCACCACAGCUUUCCAGCUGGCUGUCCAGAUGGGUCCAGAAGACUGGAGACCUAAGACAUGGGACUACAGCUGGUCAUAUCUUCUGGCGUGGGGCUCGUUUGGCACCUGCAUGGGCUCAGCAGUCACGGCUCUAAACCAUUACACCAAAACCAUCAUUGAGUUUAAGUUCAAGCGGAGGACUAUUGAGAAGAAUCAGCGCAUCAAGCAGAAGAUCCUGGAGCUGGACGUGCCAGAAGACUUAUGGACAUCACUUCAUUGCAAGAGCAAGCAGACCAACACGAUGCGCUGUAUGUGAACGGCAGUGAACCAUCCUUGUUCAACCCCACAAUACUGGACAACUGGGACAGAGAAUACUGCUGAAAAUUCAUGAAGGACGCUGCUUCUCUUGAACAUGGACAUUUUUUGUGCAUUUAUAUCGUAUAUCAUAGGGCUUAUGUCAGCAGAGUAUGGACUGAACUAGCAGUGCUGCUUCUGUUCUGACAAGACUCACUGUGUUCUUGUGAACCUUAUUCAUAUGCUGAUAACUGAUUUCUAAAGGAAACCCUGUUGAAAAAUCCAGCAUAUGCUGGUUAGGUGUGUUUUGAAGCAUGUCCGCUGGUUUGAGCUGGUUUAAGCUGGUCCUUAGCUGGUCGUGAGCUGGUUUAAAGGAAAACGCCACCGUUUUUCCAUCUUCCACUUUGUUCUUCCCUCAACUUAGACGAGCU